UAUUGUGCCAAAAAAACGUGUGAAAACAUACUGAAUGUAUUAGAGUGUGAUUGUGAGUGCGUGAACAAAGUUGUGCGAGCUAAUUAAAACUGAUCAUAAAGAAGUCAGAUAGGCAAUCAUACUAAUACAAAUAUUUUAUUUAUGCAAACACACCGUAAACGCAUACAUCAUGGAUGCAGUUUCGGCAGUAGCGAGCAUAGUGACUAUCCAAAAGGCUUUUUUUGUGCUGGCAGCUCUACACCUGACGGCGUAUUGGUUUCCUAAGGACGAGAGUGGAACUGAAAAGGAGUAUCGCUAUGAUUUUAUUGUAGUGGGCGCAGGAUCAGCGGGGUGUGUAGUCGCGAAUAGACUCACAGAAUCAGGGAAAUUCAGCGUGUUGCUGAUUGAAGCUGGCCCUGAUCCUCCCAUGGAAUCUAUGCUCCCAGGCACCAUACUAUUUUUAAAGAAUUCCCACGUUGACUGGAAUUAUACUUCAACAAAUUCAUCUUCUUGGGGAAAAACUCACAGAUCGAAUAGCACGCAUAUGAUUAGAGGCAAAAUGCUCGGUGGAACAAGCGCCGUCAACUUCAUGGCAUACGUCAGAGGAAAUCCACACGAUUUUGAUACUUGGGCUCAAAUAUCAAAUGAUCCGUCUUGGCGAUAUAAAAAUAUUCUCCGAUAUUUUAAGAAAAGUGAGAAAUUGAAUGACCCUGAGAUACAACAGUCGCGAUACAGAAACGCUCACAGCACUGACGGUUACUUGAAAGUGGCGAGACAAUUACACCCAGAACUUGACUCUUACUUACAAGCUUUCAAAGAAACGGGCCACAAUGUUGUUUUAGAUACGAGCACUGGUGAUUUAGGCUACACUCAACCGCUAUUUAACAUAGCCGAUGGCUAUAGGCAAAGUUCUGCCGUAGCGUUCUUAUCCCCAAUUAAAAAUCGUCCAAACCUCCACGUAUGGAAAGAAGCUCUAGUCACUAAAAUUAUUUUUGAUAAAAAGAAGAACGCUGUCGGUGUGAAGGUACUAACGAAAGAAAAUAAAACAGUCAAAGUGCAAUCAAACAAAGAAGUCAUUGUUUCUGCAGGUGCUAUUAAUUCUCCUCAGCUUCUGAUGCUGUCUGGUAUUGGUCCAAAAAGACAUUUAUCGGACAUUGGAAUCACAACCAUAUCAAAUCUUCCUGUGGGUAAAAAUUUCCAUGACCACACACCAGUUACGCUUUUUAUCAAAAUGGGAAACUUGAAAGAUGAUCAAAAGCCUCAAAAUCCGCACGAAUUUCCUCUACCUUUGAUUAUUGGGUAUGUUGCAUUGAAUAAAUCACAGACUUACCCAGACUAUCAGAGCCUAAAUCUUUUAUUGAAGAACCCAACUGCAGUUUUGCAAUUCUGCUCAUUUUCUUUCAACUUUAAAUAUGAUAUUUGCGACGCUCUUUACAACAAAUGCAAAAAUAGUCAGACUCUGGUGUCAAUACAUAAUUUAGUUCAUCCAAAAUCGAGAGGUGAACUGCUACUCCGAAGUAAAAAUCCGAAAGACUAUCCGUUGAUCGAUAUAGGAUACUAUUCAAAUAAGGCAGAUGUGGAUACGGAGGCGGCAAGUAUUGAAGAUUUUUUGAAGGUUCUUAACUCAACUUAUUUUAAGGAAGCUGGGGCGGAGUUGGUUGAUAUAGACUUGCCUGAGUGCAAUGGUUUGGACCGUGGAAGUAAAUCUUUCUGGAGUUGUUACAGCCAAGCGAUGUUGACAUCAACUUACCACUAUGCUGGGACGUGCUCUAUGGGGUCGGUGGUGGACUCAAGGCUUCGAGUAAAAGGUGUCAGACGCCUACGAGUAGCCGAUGCCAGUAUCAUGCCAACAACAGUCAGUGGAAAUACAAACGCUCCAACGAUCAUGAUUGGGGAAAAAGCUGCUGAUAUGAUCAUUCAGGACAAUAGCAAAUGGUCAUGUAUUUGAGGUUAUUGACUGACGGAAAGAGAUCGUGAAUAUUUUUCUCAAAGAACAGACUUGAC